AUGCCGCGUCGCUCAGCUCGCCUGAGAGGCCAGACUCCAGUCACCGAGGACCAAUUCCCCGCGGUUCCCACAACAACCCCCGUCAAACUUGCACCUGUCGCUGAAAAUGACGAGACCAAAACCAAAGACGCCGAGGCCAAAAUAGCGACCACCCCACAGAGCAAUCACUCACCCUUGAGGAAGUCACUCGGUCUAUCGUCUAACAGCAAACGAGGUAUGAAAACCCCUUCGACUGCUGGUAGCGCGCUACCUGCUCGAGAAGAAAUGCACCCCAGUAAAGUGCAGAAAAGCACAACCAAGCAGCCAGAUUCUGGUCUGGUGCUUGGUUUCCACCCUGUCCAGCGUGAUGCGAAUGGAAACAUUAUCAAAGAGAACAUUGUUACCAACACACCUUCCAAAGUCAUAUCCUCGCCUCCAAGUAAUCUGGGUACUCCAUCAAAAUUCGGGUUCAAAUUUGCGAGUGAUGACGCUCAGCUCAGCGAAGAGGCACGCAAGCUGAUGGAGAGCGUUCGUGAGGACGUUGCGAGGAUUAAGGCACAGAUGAUACUGGAUCGCGGUGAACAGCAAAGAAAGGAGCAGGACGCAGACCAGAUUGUGGAAGGAAGAAAAAUUGCCAAACCCAAAGGAAAGGCAGGCCGUUUCAGUGACGCUCAUAUGGCACAGUUCAAGAAAAUGGAUUCCAUUGCUGGACAUGCAUCUUCUUUCCGAGCACAGCCCAGUCGUUUUACUCCUGUCAGGCAGACUCUGAAACGAAAGAGCUCAAAGGCAUUCCUCGAUGACUCUGAAACGAAAGCUUCGCCUUCGAAGACCCCGGUGAGUGGGAUUAAACGCAUGAAACGAACUGAAACUCAAGAGACAUCCACAACUCGCAUACCAGGAAACGUUGCUACUCCAAAGAAAAUGGCCAUUCAGCCUACCAGGUCCACUUUCCGCAGCGGCUCCCUCAUGACUCCUACUAGAUCCUCAGCUGCGCGCUUUGCAUCUGCAAGACCUUCCAAGGUUUCUAUGAUUCCUUCUAUGGCACGUUCCCCAGCAUCUCGUCUGGCAGUGCCGCAAACACCAAAGACAGAGUUCAACCCCAGACUCAAGAAGUCAAUUCCAAGCCUUGGUAAUUUGAAGUCGAUUUUGAGACGCCAUCAGCCUCUUUUCUCCAAUGACCCGGCAAAGAUUGCUGCAGGAACGCACAUUGCAACAUCCAGCUUCAAUCCCGAAAUCAACCUUGAAAAUCUCCCUACUGCAUCGUUUGGUGGUGUUGACCAGACUCCCUCUCCCAAAAAGCGGGUUGAGUUUACAUCAAGCACAAAAUCUCGCCACGAGCUCUCACAGGCUACACCAUCGCCUAUCAAAUUUACAUCUAAAGUUAUUGCCUCUAGCUCUGACGUUGUGUACCCUGUUCUUCCGCAAACAAUGACACCCGAAAAGGAAGCCAUCGACACGCCGACUAUUCGACGUGUCCGAGAGUCUAUAACCACCUCUCAACCAAGCAGUCCUCUUUCGUCCAUACCAGCCAUACCUCAUGGUAUUCCGAAUAAAGAGCGUAAACAUGAGAGCGAGAAAGAUCAUCUUCAAGUUGCUUCUCCAUCUCCAAAGUCGAGCUUUUCCCCGUCUCAUGCCCAGGCUGGUCCAUUUCACAAGCUGCCAACAGUACCACACGGCAUCUCAAACGAGAAACGCCAGCGCGAGGACCCGAGAAAGAAGGCAAACGUCCAUACAGCCGGGGAAACUUUGAAAUCAGGCCCAUCGCCAGCCAAGAAUUUGAAGAGCCCGUCGGCUAAUCUGCUUGCGGUACCUCACGGUAUCAACAACAAGAAACGCCAGCGCGCAGAUAUCAGCGAUGAUGAAGACGACAUCGAGAACAUCCCUCCUAUCGAACAGCACUCUACGGGCGAACAGCGAAAUGCCAAGCGACUGAAGGCUAGCCCCAUGAAAAUGAACCCCGUCAGUCCUAGUCCCGUCAAAUCUCGUCCCGUUAUCACCCCCCGGCGCAUGACAGCAAAUCGCAGUCAGCUUGGCACUCCAGGCACCGCAUCCAAGAAGAACAGUAUUCUCAGUUUGAGUCGCUUGAAUAUGUUGGCGAAACCGAAAUCGCGCGCCUAA